AAGUCCCAACUGAUUCAAACCGUUUUUCUUUUUCAAUUUUAUUUUAUUUUUAAUUUUCCUAUAAGUCUUAUCUAUCGCCUGCUCCUUCCUCCUCUCUGUAUCAUAUAGAAUAUACUCUCCGCCGGAAAACCUAAUUCUCGACCAAAGCCAGGCGAUUCUUCCAAAAUCUUCGGCGAUCCGCUGAUCCCUGUUCGUGUCGUUCCGAUCCUAAUCUCGAAGAGAUCCAAUUCUUUAAUAUUAUUGGUAAUUUUUUGGUGGUUUGGUUUUUUUUGGAUGAAUAUGCUAUUGGAGCGUUUCGGAUUUCGAAGUUGGAGGAGACUGUGCGCAUAGGUUCUUUGAUUUGGUAAAGAUUGAUUGCAGAGAAAAGGAUCUUUCUUUUUGAGCAGCCGGUGUUAUUCUUUUGAAUUUUGAGGUACAUGAAUGCCGAGGCUGUCGAGUAUGGUUUAGUUAUGUGAAGAUUUGUUUCAAUGUGGUCUAAUUUGUUUAGCGUGGAUGGAUAUAUAUGAGUCACAUCAAGCAUUGCGGAAGCUCACGUCGGUGGACACAUCAAGACCACCGUUGGUUCCGGCUGAAAAGAAUAAUGCAGUCACCGCCCGCCGAUCUCGGACGAGGGAUGUUAGUUCUAGGUACAAGUCACCAUCUCCUGCAAGGCCUGCCACACCCCGGCGUUGCCCUUCUCCAAACCUCACUAGAACAUUGUCUACAACCCCCUCCUCCCCUUUGGUACAUAAGAGAGCCCAAUCUGCCGAGAGGAAGCGGCCCUCUACACCACCUUCCCCAUCUCGGCCAUCCACACCGGUCCAUGACUCGGCAGUUGAUAUACAAUUGUCAUCCAGAAGGACAGGGAAUGGUCGGUCACCAGAGAGUUUAUGGCCUUCCACGAUGCGUAGUUUGAGCGUUUCAUUUCAGUCUGAUAGCAUAUCAAUUCCUAUUGGUAAGAAGGAAAAACCGGUAAAUGCUUCUUCAGACCGUGCUCUCCGGCCGUCAUUAAACGUGGCACAUAAGCAGGCAGAAACACCUAUUGUUCCACGCAAACCUACACCGGAGAGGAAAAGGAGUCCUCUUAAAGGAAAGAAUGUGCCUGAUCAGUCGGAGAAUUCUAGACCAGUCGAAGGUUUACAUACCCGAUUGAUAGAUCAGCAUCGAUGGCCAAGUAGAAUAGGUGGGAAGGUAUCUUCCAAUUCGUUGACUAAAAGUGUGGAUCUUGGUGACAGAACCGUCAGGGCUUUAAGCACCCCAGUUCUGGGAACUGGACCAUCUGUGCUGAGGAGAACACCGACAUCUGAUGAUAUAGGUAAACCGUUAAAAAGAUCUACUAGUGAUGUCACAAGACUAUUAUCACUUGAUGGGAGUGCUGGAGUAGGAUUGGAGGUGAAUUCAAAUGAUGAUAACCCACUGCAGGUAUUUGGACUUCACAAGUCUCUUUCUACAAGUUUAUCGGAGAGAAUAAGAUCAAUCACGCCUGCUGUAAGAUCUCAGUCUUUGCCUAGUUCUAGAUCACAGCCACCAUCUCCUUGUAGGACAUCAGUGGUGUCGUCCUCAUUUAGUAGAGGUGUCAGUCCAUCGCGGUCAAGACCAUCAACUCCUCCUGGUGGGAUUAUUCCAUCUCGGAUUCGGUCAUCCAAUUCUUCUACUCAAUCCAACAGUACUACGUCUGUGCUCAGUUUUAUUGCGGAUGUUAAAAAAGGAAAAAAAGGUACAAGCUACAUAGAAGAUGCUCAUCAGCUGCGGCUGCUAUACAAUAGAUUUUUGCAAUGGCGAUUUGCAAAUGCACGGGCAGAGGCUGUACUUCAUAUUCAGAAAGUAAUAGCAGAGAGAACUCUAUUUAACGUUCAGAACACUAUGCUAGAUCUGUGGGAUUCAGUAAUCAUGAAAAGGAUCAAUCUCCAACAACUGAAGCUAGAUCUAAAGCUGAACUCAAUUUUGAAUGAUCAAAUGGUCUACCUCGAUGAUUGGGCUCUAAUUGAAAGAAAUCAUAUUGAUUCUUUAUCUGGGGCGGUGGAAGAUUUAGAGGCAAGCACUCUUCGUCUUCCAGUAACUUCAGGGGCAUGGGCAGAUAUUGAAUCUUUGGAGGCUGCUAUUUGCUCAGCUGUUGAUGUGAUGCAGGCGAUGGGAACCUCUAUAGGCUCUAUGCUCUCAAGGGUGGAGGGCAUGAACAGUCUGGUUUCUGAACUUGCUGUCAUGGCAGCACAGGAGAAAGCUUCGAUUGACGAAUGUGAAGUACUGUUGACUUCAAUGGCAGCUAUGCAGGUAGAGGAACACAGCCUUCAAACAAAUCUCAUACAAUUGGAACAAGAUUUGGAGAAGGGUAAGCAUCCAAUCUUGGCAAUCAAGACACCCCCAUGACCCUGACCAGCUGCUAAGCUAAAAACAACUUACCAGUUCGUCACCUCAGCAGAUUCAAGUCACCAUCUGCUCGGUUCAACGUGAAUGUAAAUUAUUUUUUAUUUUUUCCUUUCUUAAAUUUUUGGUGAGAAAUCUAUUAUGUUUUUUCUCAUAUUUUUUUUCCCUAUUUUCCCUAUUACGAUCCUUCCACUUGUAAUGUUUGUAUAAUGAAAAUGAAGAGAAAAUGCAAAGGAAGUGAAAAAAAAAAUGGAAAUUUACAGUAAAAGUAAAGUUGUAAAGAGUGAAAAUAGAGCUGAAAGUGUUACAUAGUUCAAAUUUUGAUAAGCAAGCACAAUGGAUUUGCACU